GGUGGGGCCCGAACGUCAAGGCGAGCAGGAAUCGGGAGAAAUGGCUUCCCUUGGAUGCCGCCCGCACGCGCGCUGGGGUUUCAUCCGCCCUGGAGCGCGCAGCCGUGAGGACCCCGCCGACCCGCGACCCCACUGUGGGCCUGGGGCUCGGCCUUCCUGCUGGGAGAAACGAUGACCGGUGGCAACGGAACGGUGUUGUCCUGAGGGCCGCCGGUUGCCUCGUCUGCGUGCGAUAUAGUGAUUUCACUGACUGGAUUGAUUAUUUUGGGGAGUGCAUCUCUUAUAGAGAAAUGUCUCGGUCACGCUUGGGGUGGAGGGCGUCUGAACUUGCACCCUCUCUGGUACAUUUCAGCCUCAAACUAGGAAAAACAGGAAUGGCUGUGGAGGAACUUCAAUCUAUAAUAAAGAGAUGUCAAAUCCUAGAUGAGCAAGACUUUAAAGAAGAAGAUUUUGGCCUAUUUCAGUUAGCAGGCCAAAGAUGCUUAGAUGAAGGGCACAUAGACCAGCUAUUAGAAAUUAUUCAAAGUGAAAAGAAUAAGGUCAUCAUCAAGAAUAUGGGCUGGAAUCUUAUUGGGCCUGUUGUUCGAUGCCUUUUAUGGAAUGAUAAGGAAGAUGAUAAAAGAAAAUACUAUUUUCAGAUGCUUGAUUUAUUAGUAAAGUUAUGUAAUCCAAAGGAAUUAUUGUUGGGUUUGCUUGAACUGAUUGAAGAGCCCUCUGGAAAACAGAUAUCCCAAAUUAUCCUUCUUUUACUUCAGCCAUUACAAACAGUGAUUCAGAAACUUCAUAACAACAAGGCAUAUUCAGUUGGAUUAGCAUUGUCUACCCUUUGGAGUCAGCUAUCUGUCCUUCCUGUUCCAUACUCAAAAGAACAAAUACAAACAGAUGACUAUGGCCUUUGUCAGUGUUGCAAGGCCUUAAUAGAGUUCACUAAGCCUUUUGUGGAAGAAGUCAUGGAUGACAAAGAACACUCACUUGAAAAUGAAAAGUUAAAGGAUGAAUUACUGAAAUUUUGUUUCAAAAGUUUGAAAUGCCCUUUGCUGACAGCACAAUUCCUUGAGCAGUCUGAAGAAGCUGGAAAUGAUCCUUUAAGGUAUUUUGCAUCUGAAAUAAUAGGUUUUUUAUCAGCAAUUGGACAUCCUUUCCCCAAAGUGAUUUUUAAUCAUGGAAGGAAAAAGAGGACUUGGGAUUAUCUUGAAUUCGAGGAAGAAGAAGACAAACAAUUAGCAGACUCUAUGGCUUCUCUGGCAUAUCUAGUAUUUGUACAGGGCAUCAGUAUUGAUCAGCUUCCAAUGGUCUUAAGCCCAUCGUACCUUUUACAAUUUAAUAUGGGGCAUAUUGAAGUCUUUUUGCAAAGAACAGAAGAGUCUGUUUUCUCCAAAGGAUUGGAUCUGUUGGAGAAUGGAUUAUUGAGAAUAGAAGAUAACAGUCUACUUCACCAGUACUUAGAAAUCAAGAGUUUUCUUACUGUACCUCAGGGCUUAGUCAAAAUAAUGACACUUUGCCCCAUUGAGACAUUGAGGAAAAAGAGUUUAGCUAUGCUUCAGCUGUAUAUUAACAAGUUGGAUUCACAAGGAAAAUAUACAUUAUUUAGGUGCUUAUUGAAUACAAGUAAUCACUCAGGUGUGGAGGCCUUUAUUAUUCAAAAUAUCAAAAAUCAAAUUGACAUAUCAUUAAAGAGAACGCAUAACAACAAAUGGUUUAUAGGACCACAGCUGAUUUCCCUUCUAGAUUUGGUACUCUUUCUCCCAGAGGGUGCUGAAACAGACCUACUGCAAAACUCAGAUAGGAUAAUGGCUUCAUUAAAUUUAUUGAGGUAUUUGGUUAUCAAAGAUAAUGAAAAUGACAACCAAACUGGAUUGUGGACAGAACUUGGAAAGAUUGAGAAUAAUUUCUUAAAGCCACUCCAUACAGGACUUAAUAUGUCAAAAGCACAUUAUGAAGCAGAAAUUAAAAAUAGCCAGGAAAAUAGCCAAGAAGUCCAGAAUUCUAAAGAUCUCUGUUCUGUAACUGUAGGUGGAGAAGAGAUCCCUAAUAUGCCUCCUGAAAUGCAGCUUAAGGUUCUACAUUCAGCUCUUUUCACAUUUGAUUUGAUUGAAAGUGUUCUGGCUCGAGUAGAAGAACUCAUUGAAAUGAAAACAAAGUCUACCUCUGAAGAAAAUAUGGGAUAAAUUGAAAGCUCCAUCUCCUAAAUAAAAAAACUAAUAAAAUACCGUAUUUUCCAUUAUGAUUUAUUUAAUACCUUUAUAAAAAUUUUUCUGUACAACACUCCCUGAUAGAAAAAUAAAUGUAGCUUUUCUCAUUUAUCAGUUUCUGUAAUGACACAUUAUGGAUCAGCAGUAUUCUUUGGUUUUAUAAAGAUAUCUACAUGGUAAAUAAUCCCAUAUAUGUAUUCUAAAUACUACUGUUGAAAAUCCAAUACAAAUUAAUAAUUUUUUAUUUUAAUUUCAUAAAAUAUAGUUGAAUUGCCUUCAUUCAUACAAUUGUAGCGAGUUUAUAAAAAUACUGAUACAUUUUAUGUUCCAGUUGGAUGCUGUGUUACAUUUUAGAAUUCCUAGUGUCAAACUGGAUAUCACACGACUAAGAGUGUAGAGAGGUUCUGAGUUAAGGCCAGUUGACUGCUUCUCUUAAUUCUCUCUUUCCCUGCCUCAGGAGGAGUAUUAGAGGGCACAGUCCCAUCACCACCUCCCUAGCAGCAGUUACAGUGUGAAAGCAUCUGUGAAGAUUAAUUUUAGAAAUACUGACUGCCCUUGUGGAAAAGCUAAAAAGUAUGUAUGACUUUCCUUUAGUCUAAGGGGCUAUUUAGAAAAUGCUGUAUUUUUAUUUUCUAGUAAAUAUUUGCCUGUCCAACUUAAUUUGUAUCAUUAAGAAACAAUCUGAGUUUUAUAAUAUAUGUAUGUACCAAUUUUUUUAAACGUUAUUAAUUACUCAACAAAAUAAAAUCACUUAAUUGUAUACCUUUUAUUAUUUUAAUUUAAAAAUCUUUAAAGUAAAUAUAUGCAUUUGAACAUUAUAAUU